AGGUGCUAAUUGGCUGUCAAAAGCUCAUUGAGUGUGGCCUGCAGUUGAUGGGUGAAGAAGGUAUUAGUUGCUCAUUCUUCGACAUGAACGAGUUUCAGGAGAGUGUUCUGCGUUUAGUAGUAUCGAUUUUUCCAGCAAGGGACUCAACAUCCAUUUUCAUUUGGGGUUUUCUAACAUUUUCACAGUUUCGCGAAGGCAGAUCUGGAUUAAAGUAACAAAUAAUUAAAUUGUGCCCUCGCUAUCAAGUGCAGCGAAGAAAAUGCAAUGUGGAUGCUUUAUCGGGGUUCUCUUCUCUGUGGUAGUCACAUUCCAAGUAAUUCAUUUUGGACUAGGUUGCGUGGGACAGGAUUGUGAAGACUCCAGACUGUCUGAUCCAUCAAAAAAGCAAACCCCUCAACACGCCGAAUUUUUAAAACAGUUCAAUGAAAUGAAUACUCGAUCGGAGGGGCGAAAAAACGGAGAUUCUGUAGUUGUUUUACCUUUCACUGGCCUUACAGGAAGUGCAAAAUUAAGCAGGAGCUGUUGUCAAAAUGGUGGUACAUGUAUUCUUGGCAGCUUUUGUGCAUGCCCAAAACACUUUACAGGCAGAAGUUGUGAAUAUGAUGAACGUAACAGAAACUGUGGUGGUAUUCUUCAUGGUGAAUGGGUACAAAAAGGAUGUUCAUAUUGUCGAUGUGGGUAUGGGAUACUACACUGUUUCCCACAAGUUUUUCAUGAUAACUGUGAUGAGGAUGUGGAAGACUACCAACUCCAUUCAGAGGGCUAUAGAUUACAGCAAUCUGUGUUCGUUUUGAUGUCCAUCCUUGUGCUGGCAGUAAUUGUAUGAUUUUUAAAGGACAUCUACUAAUUCAGUGCCGAAACUUGACCAUCAUUUAUCAUUAGAAAAUCAAGAUACAAUGAAGGUAACCCGCAAGGGUCCAAUGAAAAUGAAAGCAAUUUUUGUAAUAUUGUAAAUGUGUGGUAAAUAGUACAGAGUAAAUUCUUCCAGUG